AUGCCUCCGAAAGGACCAAACACACUCCCACUGCCCUAUGCCCAGGUGCAGCAGCCAGCCAGGAGGGAACAGAGACAACCUAUGAGAACAUCCAAGCUCGGAACCAAACUCAAGGUACUCCCCACGCAACCUGAAACACCGACCAUCCCAGAAGAAGAUGAAGACGAGGAUAAUGAGAGGGAUCUGUCGAAUCGCGAUGAAGGUGAAGGUGUCGAGUUUUACACCCCAUUAUCACAAAUACCUAAAGGAACCGCUAGGAGGGAUGCCCAGAGGUUGACGAAGAGUGAGAAGGCAAAGUUACCUCGAGUGACAGCAUACUGUACUGCAGCGACGUACAAUCUCCCAGCAAUGCAGGCUUAUCUUUCAGCUCGACCUGCAUCAUAUCGUACCCAUCCGAGAAUAUUCGAUACUGAAUGUUUACAUACACCUUACCUCCCACCUCCUACUUCAUCUUCAUCAAAUUUCAGAUCACCUCAUCUCAAACCUCUUAUACAGAACAACAAUAACAUCCCUGAAGCCGACUUGCUGAAUCUCGGGAAUGAUUAUCCUACAAAUACAAAUACCAAAAGAUCCUCUUCGCCUUCUCGUUCAAAUGAAAAUAAGAGACAUACUGGAUUCACCAAACGUCCUGGCGGAUCUCGCAAUAACUCGUCAAACUCUACGACCAACAAACGUAUAUCGAAUAGCCAUAAGGAAGAGUCGAAUGGAAACGGAACAGAUAGCGAGAGGGACGAUGAUGAUGAUUUCGAAGAAGAAGAAUGGGUACCGGAUGUUUUCUUGUUUGAAUAUGGGACGGUGGUCAUUUGGGGUAUGACGGAGAAGGAAGAGAAGAGGUUCCUGAGUAGCAUCAAAAAGUUUGAAAUUGAAAGGUUAUCAACAGAAGAUGUAGAAAUGGAAGAUCUGAAUUUCUAUUAUGCUGAUUAUUCUCGAAUAUAUAACGAUGUAAUCACUCUGAGAAAGGGUUCUUCAUACAUGACGAAACUCUCCUUGUCUCACGCUUUGUCACAAUCAGUGAAAAUAUCUUUAUUCGAAGAAUUGAUUACAUCGACUAUUGAACAGACUAAAGAUAUACCCAAAUCUCUCAGUGAGACGGGUAAGAUUGGGUUGCCCCGAAGUGAAAUCAUGAAACAGAUUGGGAAUUUGUUCAUAUUGAGAAUAAAUAUAAAUCUAGUUGGAUCAAUCUUGGAUUCACCCGAGUUCUUCUGGACUUUCCCAGAUCUGGAACCAUUGUACGGAGCAGCUCGAUCGUAUCUCGAGAUAGGUCAAAGGGUAGAUCUGUUGAAUGCCAGAGUAGAUGUAUUACAAGAUAUGUUGAAACUGCUAAAGGAAAGUGUCAAUUCGAGUCAUGGGGAGAGGCUGGAAGGGAUCGUGAUCAUCCUUAUUGGUAUCGAAAUUGUUUUAGGUAUAAUCACGAUAUUAGUUGAUUUGACACUUACUUGA